UAUUGUAGAUCUACAAGCAAAGCAAACCAGAGAGAUUCCAUUUAUUUAAUUUUUUUACUAUUUUUCCAUUGGUCAGUUUGACCCCUAACUGUCCUGACCUUUACCGCCCCACCUCUUAUUCAGGGUCUUUGUUUGUUUAGAGUGAUCAAUCAUUGAGCCAAAAAAAUCGGUUUUCGCACCUCUAUUCUGCAUUUUCAAGGUUUUUGUUGAAAUCUGCACGUCUUGUUCUAUUUGCAUGAGUGUAUUAUAAUUUAUAAUAAAAGAUAAUCUUCGUAAGUAGUUCAUGAUUGCUGUUUUCUGGGUCUAGGGUCUCUAAAACUUGUAGGGGCUUUGAAAUUUCACACUCAUUUCUUACAUGAAAUCUUGAAUUUCUUAGAGUUUUUCUGCCUAGGGUUUCUGUCUUUCUUUUUUUUUAUUUUUUAUAUUUCUUUAUUGUAUCGAGGAGAUCUGGCUUCAGUUUUACUCCAUUGUAAUUAUUUUGUUAUAUAAUUGAAGAAAGACUGUUUUUGUGAGUGAAACUUGCAAUUUAAACAACUGGGUAUGUGUGUUUUCAUGCUAACAAGUGCUCAUUGCAACUGAGAAAGAACAUUUCUCACAGUAGAGGUGGUAUUGGGUUGAGAGAUGUUCAUUUCUACUGAGAAAGAAGUACAGAUCUCACAGCCUUCAGAAAAUGGGAUGGAGUCUCCCAAAUCAUCCCCUUUGGGCUCAAACCCAGAUUGCCCUGUUGCCCUGCUACCGGCUUCCGAAAUACCCAAUUCUCCUCCGGUUCCCGCCAUUUCCACUGAUGUAAAUGUGGUUCCUGAGCAUGAAAAGGAUGAGCUUGAGAGGACAAUAUCAAAUCUGGAAGGAGAAAUUAUGGGGUUGAGGCUGAAGCAGAAAUCUUUGGAUGAGAAGAGAAGAGAAGCAUUGAAUAAGAUAUUAGACACCAAAGGCUGCAUUAGAGUAUUUUGUCGAAUUCGGCCCUUUUUAUCAACCAAGAAGAGAAUUCACCAACCUAUUGUGGUUGGAUCAGAAAGGAUUGUGGUUGGAUCUGCUGGAAAUAGGAAAGAAUUCGGGUUUGAUAAAGUGUUCCUUCAGGAAGCAACCCAAGAGGAUGUUUUUGUUGAGGUUGAACCAAUCCUCAGAUCUGCACUACAUGGGCACAAUGUAUGUAUUUUAGCUUAUGGGCAAACAGGCACUGGCAAGACCUUCACAAUGGAUGGGACAAAUGCUUCACCGGGGCUUGUUCUUCGAGCUCUUCAAGAGCUGUUUCACCAAGCCUCUCUGGAUAGCUCUGCUACAUAUUCUUUUUCAAUGAGCAUGUUGGAAGUUUACUUGGGUAAUCUAAGAGACCUAUUAGCUCCAAAACCAUGUAGAUCAUAUGGACCUGUCUCAAGAUGCAAUCUCAACAUUCAAACAGAUGUUAAGGGAUUUGUGGAAAUUGAAGGUCUAACAGAAGUGGAGAUCUCAAAUUUUACAAAAGCAAGUUGGUGGUACGCCAAGGGUAGGCGGAUUAGAUCUACUUCAUGGACUAAUGUCAACGAGACAUCAAGCAGAUCUCAUUGCUUAAUGAGGAUCAACAUUUUCCGACACGAGGAUGCUUCAGGAGGAAAAGUAGAAGUAAGCAAAUUGUGGAUGGUUGAUCUCGGAGGAAGUGAGCGACUGUUAAAAACAGGAGCGACUGGCCAAACACUCGAUGAGGGAAGGGCCAUAAAUCUCUCUCUUUCAGCUCUAGGUGAUGUUGUUGCAGCCCUCAAACGAAAGCGAGGUCAUGUUCCAUACAGAAAUAGCAAGCUAACUCAAAUUCUCAAAGAUUCCCUUGGUGAUAGAUCAAAGGUAUUGAUGUUAGUGCACAUAAGCCAAUGUGAAAAUGAUGUUCUAGAGACAACCUGUUCACUGGCAUUUGCACAGAGAGCAAGAGCCGUUGAAUCCACCAGAGAACUCACAGAGGACCUGAAGAAGCAAAAGGAAAAGAGGAUUGCCGAGCUUGAGGAAGAGUUCAGGGACGCUGAGGAAGAAUAUGAAAAGGUUUGGAAUCAAACACAAAACGCUGAGUUGUUGUUAAGUGAAAAAAAAAGUCACUUCGCAGCCAAGUUUCAGCUUCUUGAAGAUGAGAGUAAGACUCCCACAAGUGGCAAAGAGUUUGUUGAAGUUCUGGAAACCCCUAGAACGUCUGAUAAAGUAAUUAAAAGGAAAGUUAACACAUCCGUGCCUCGUUUCAUGAAUCCCACCAUGGCCAGUCGCCAAAGGCAGAGUGCCGCAGAAAGAGAAGUUGAUGCCAGGGCAAGAAUGUUGAGAUCAGGGACUAGAAGUUCAAUCCAAAUUUCGGGUUCACAUUCACUCAGUUAUUCAGAUCCUCAUUUCAAAGCACUUUUACAGAAUUCGAACAAAAAAACCCGACAUGGAUAUAUAAAUGCUCCCCUCAGUGAGAGUAACAAAUGCAAUGUCUCGGAUUCCAAACCAUCCACUACACCACGGGCUAAGAUGGUCAGUUGUUCAGAUCCAAACUUGAAAACUACACUUAGUCGUCACAGAAGAAGAAUGUCUGAUCUGAUCUAAGGUAAAAGAAUACUGAUAAGUGAUCUUGUGUGCUUCUUGUAAAAUGUGAUUUUGUUUUUUGUUUUUUGUUUUUGAUCCAGAGUUUUCAAUGGAGUGAGUAUUCUGGCAUCAUGUAUCUUUGAUAGGGUGUGUGGUUUGAUAAAGCUGGUUAGGACCUGUCAGUUAUUUGUUUACAGGAUCCUUGCAACUAACAUGGUUUGUUUUGGUUUUAUGUAUUUGAGUGAGAAAAAAAAUAUAUAUAUAUAUAUAUUUUACAUGAUA